AUGGCCUUGAAGGCCCAAAUCACCUUGAUAGUUCCCGUGCAGGACUGGCGGCUUUGCCUUGGUUCGUGGGCCUUGCUUCAGCGACGCCGGGCUCGCGCGGGCACAAGCGCUCGCGGAGGAGGAGUUGUCGAAAGUGAAAAGCCAUUUACUCACCACGGGGCCAUCGAUGAGGAUGCUGACUCCCACCGGGAGCCGAAGGUGCACGCUGGGGAGAGCGAACGAGUGGCGGCAAUACUGCAACCAGGUGACUUGCUUUUAUUCCUCUACUCCACCAAGCACGCGGCAGUUCCAAAUCUCUCCGACCAGGAUCGUUGCCUUUUGUAUUCUGUGUAUGGCCCGGAGAAUGUGCAAGAUGAGAUCAAUUGCUGCGAUGGAAGGCCUUCGCUGAAGACCUACAGCAAAGCAGAAGCAGAGAUUUUGCUCAUGAUGGCCAAUGCAUUGCAGUGA